GUCAUGGUAUGCCACUAAAUUGAUAGUCGUGUGUUGCCGGUCACGAGGUCUAUGUUCGGCACCGGUUGAAUAUUACAGCAGUCCAACGUUUCCACGGUCCUUAAAGUGUGAGGUCAUUAUCUCUCGAGUCGAAAAAUAUAAUUUCCAAUGGCUACUACAAUACGCCGUGUGUUUGUUUACGGUACUCUAAAGCGAGGUGAACCCAAUCACCACUGGCUAACGAAUGUGGCCAACGGGCGGGCGCAAUUUGUCGCCCUAGGUAGCACGACCAUCCGUUAUCCGCUAGUCGUUGGCUCGCGGUACAACAUUCCCUUCUUGCUCGAUGUCCCCGGAACGGGCUACUUUAUCAACGGAGAAAUUUACGAGAUCGACGAGCCGAUGCUCGAUCGUCUCGAUGUCCUAGAGGACUACCCACGCUUGUACGAGCGGCGAACGGAAGCGAUCCGAAAUACGAACGAUGGUAGUGUUAUAAACUGCUGGAUUUACCUGCUGCAAAAGUUUCCUAAACGGUUGCUCGCGAAACCGAUGCUCACGGAAUACCGGAACGAUCCAGCUCAACCGUACACGGAAGAAGGCGAUAAUGAUGUUUUCGAUGGUGACUAUUCUGAUGGUGGAGAAGAAGGCGGAAAGGCAUGAGAAUGACGGCGAGCUGGUUAGCGACGCGAUGGUCAUAAAAUGUUUAGCCCGCAAGUAAACUGAAGUCUGAAAAGCGUCGAUUUGAAGGGACGUGUUAAAACGUGCAACAAGAGACGAAUAAAAAUAUUCUU